AUGGCCAUUGGGAUCAGGCUGAUAGCUUUGGUGGGAACGUGCACUCCGACAUGGUUGAACUCCGGGUGUGAGAGAGGCCGGGUUUGGAAGCCACCCCCGGAGGAGCGAUCCGGGAGCAAGCGAAUCGGAGAGUCUUCUGAUGUGUUUGGAGAGGAGACAACCUCAGAGCAGUGGCACAGUGAGGUCCAGAAUCAUCCAACCAUUGAGAACGGUGACAGCAGACGACAGGUCAUGGACCCCGGUGGGGAAAUCACAGGAGUUAACUACAGGGCUCCGGUAAGUGUAUACUGUGGACCUGAUCCAGGAUUCAAGCCUGUGCACAGCAAGAGUGUGGAUUCUAAUCUGCAUUUACAAGCCAACGGAUGGGCAUCGCGGGAUAAAGCAUUUCUUCACUCUAGUGUGAAUCCUCCGCUGAAGAAAACCUGCUUUGUGCGAAGUGGAGAGGGGACGGGAGGUUGGGUGUUGGAGAGGAGCGACCUCUAUCGUUUGUUGGACGGAGAUGGACCCAAGUCUCCCUCCCACACACGCGGCUACAGCCUGAGCCUGGACUGGAGCCAGGGAGAAGUGAAGGAGCCUUUUCUCGAGACCCUUCAACUCAAAAAUAAACUCAAGAGACAAAUGUCAGAAAACCUGCCACGGAGGGGGGAGACUGUUGUUCCACUGAAACCUGCUCUGGCUCGAUCCACCACACAGCGGCUGCUAAAUGCCCCCAGACCCGUCCCACCCAUCGAGCGGAGUGCCAGCCCACAAGGGAACAGAGGUGUCAGCAGUGAGGAGCAGUCCUCUGAGAGCAAAAACGAUGGAGCGCCUGAAGGCCCAGGAUUAUGGCUCCCAGGGGAGGGAGCUGAAGCAAAGCCCAUUGGAACUGCAACUAUCCCAGAGGAGGUAAGGAACUCGCUUCUGCACCUGCGCAGCAGUGCUGAGAGGAAGCGGAAGUUGCUGGGGGCCAGCUUAUCUCAGUCCACUUCCAAAUCUCCAAACUCAGCAUUGGACAGUAUCCAUUCAGUGCCUGCCAGAGAGCAACAGACGGUGACACAGAUGCUUCAGCUCGUACGGGCAUCUCGUGAGACGGGAGGGAACCCUCGUGCUGCCCACAAACACACUGAAGAGAGAGAGGCUCGGGUUACAGGAGGCUGUGUCCUGGAGGCCGCAGAGUUGCCAGUGGAGCGAGUCGAGGAGCAGAACUCGCCAGGCGCCAGCACACUGGUACCCUCAAGGUUCAGCGCAGUCUUGACCAGGGGAGCAAACGGACGCCGCUCAGUGGAGGACGAUGAGACGCAGAACGAGAAGAGGCAGCUAUGCCACGUGACCAUCUCAAAGUCAGCUCAGGAUAAAAUGCAUCAGAAGCGACGUGAAGAGAUGGAACAGCGACGGCUGCAAAUGGAAACCAGGAACGAGCUGACACAGCCCCCGAGAGAGAGAAUGCAGAAUACAGUCUCUCUGCCAGAUGAAGAGUUGUUGAGCACUCAGGAAACCCGCUCUCCCAACCUGGGCCGGAUCAGUAACGACACCUCGCUCCGUCAACGCAUCAACAGAACUUCUCUGCCCAACAUCCCCAACAUCAGCCAAAUGUACCAUGAGUCACGGCACUUUUCUGCUCAUUCCUUACCUGGAUUUCCCCUGAAUUCCAACGGAAGGGACAGGGACUCGGAUGAGGAGGAAUCCCUGGAGAUGAAGCCCUUCUCCCGCCAGGAACAGGGAUUGACGGAGGCGUUGAAACUCCUGGCUAACAGCGACUGGGAGAUGAAGCAGAAAGGGCUGCGCAGUGUUCGACGGCUGGCCCGGUUUCACUCCGAGACUCUCCAGGCGAGGCUUCACGACGUCUGCUUGGCGGUGACCAAGGAGGUCAGCAAUCUGCGUUCCAAGGUGGCUCGCUCGGCAAUCCUGUCUCUGAGUGGCCUCUUCUCGCACCUGAGGAGAAACCUGGACCAGGAGGUGGACGAAGUGACUCGAAUCCUGCUCCACAAGACGGGCGACUCCAACGAGUUCAUCCGGGAGGAGGCGGGCAAGGCCCUGGCCGUCAUGGCAGAGAGUGUGAGCCCCUGGCGGGCUCUGGCUGCUCUGGUGGCGGGAGGAGUGAAUCAUCGAAAUAGCAUUGUUCGGAAGUGCGCUGCCGAGAAUCUGCUCCGUGUUGUGCAGCACCUCGGGCCCGAGAGAGUGCUGUCGGGGCCGAAGGAGAGCACAGAGCAGAUAGUCCGGGCCGUGGGGAAGUUUUCCCAGGAUGGCAAUUCGGAAACCAGGUUUUACGGUCGGAAGAUGCUGAACGUUCUCAUGUCUCAUCCAGAAUUCGACCAAUGUUUGGGCCGCUUGCUUCUGUCCCACGAUCUGCAACACGUCAUCACAGCUGCUAAGCAGAGAAGCCUGGGAGAUGCUUCUUCGGAUCUCGUCCUUUCCAGGGAUUGGAGGUCCAGAGCCAACAGCUCCUCAAACUCUCAGGAAAACAUUUGCACUGUUGUGAGUGGGGAGUCGGACACGAUGGCACAGAAGCAGCCGAUGAUUCGCAGGCCGACUGUCCGCAUUAUGGAAUCAGUGGAGCAGGUGAAGGAGCUGAGCAAACUGCUGUGUGCCAAGGACUUUCAGGAGAGGAUGCGAGGCAUCAAUCUGCUGCUGCAACACUGCGAGGCCAACCCUGGCUUCGUAACCGCCAACCUUGUAAACAUUUUCGAUGCCUUCACCCCGCGGCUCCAGGACUCCAAUAAGAAGGUGAACCAGCUGGCACUGAGGUCCAUGGCUACCAUGGUCAUGGUGCUGAAGGACAACCUGCACCGGGUCCUUCAUUCCACCGUCACCAUCGUGGCCGACAACCUGAACUCCAAGAACGCAGCCAUUUACUCUGCGGCUGUCCAGGUGCUGGACGGGCUGAUCAGUAACGUAGAUAACCUGCUGCUCCUUCAACCCUUUGCGAGCAGAGUGCAGUUUGUUAGUGGCCAGGCCUUGCAGGAUGUCACGGAGAGACUGGCAGGCCUGGUCCCAGCGGUGUAUCAGCGUAAGCCUCAGGCUGUUGAACGUCACGUCCUACCCGCCCUCUGGUACCUGCUGAGCAACAUGAUGGGAAGUGGCGUCAUCAGAGGUGGGGGCGGCAAUGUCCGAGCGGUGACGGGCAAGCUCGCCAGCAACCUCCACCAGCAGAUGGGAGGUAGCCUCCUGGAGUACGCUGCCAGCCAGCCAGCUCACGUCACCAAAACACUGCUGGACCUUCUAGCCAAGGAGCUUUGAUCGAAGGCUGCAUCAUGUCAGCCACUGCGGAAAUCCAUGAACUCCCCAAAAAAUACACGUAUUGUUCGUAAAGUUCUUUUAAAUAUGUAACGCAACAGUUGAUGACUUAUUUCGUCUGCCAACUCACGUUUUAUGUUUAACAUAAAUAUACAUAUGUUGGGGGUGGA